UACUUUCGGGUGUCGAUAUUCUUUCUUUAUCUAUAAACGAAAUUGACUUUGAUGAGUCGGAACGUCCGUCGUGCUCGGAAACCGAAGGUACACGUUUAAUUUACAGUGCCAGCAAGUUAAUAAGCAGGCUAGCAGCGCGGCUAACAUACUGUACAACCAGUAACCUUAGUCAGAUGAUCCAUAUCGAGUCAAGCGUAAUCGGUCACGUUUUCCUUACUUUUAUUACGAGUCUGAUCACUUUACACGUCAAGGGAUACGGUUGGCAACACGAUUAUAUUGUGUAUGAUGUAAACGACACGCAGCGCUACAACACGGAUCUGGGCGCAUGACUACAUGCAACAGUCUGAUGAUCUGGCGAUCCGCUAAAUCUCGGGAAAAUCGUGUUUGUGUGAUCCAACGAUAACUUGUAUGUUAUAGUCUCGUUCAUCUUAUGUUCAUAUGAGUAAUGCCGUUCUGGUCUUAAUGUUUGAAGAUGACUCAAAUUUGGCAUCCGGGGGUACUUCAAAUCGCAAAUAGGAAACGGUAACGUUACUUUACUCAAGACUGUCCUCCCAACAGAGGCUAAAACUUAUUUAAAGGUUUUAGCACAAAGAUGUGCGCAUACGAGUAGCACCUUUCCUCAGUAUCUUACGUAAAACACGUACAACGUACGUACAGUUGCGUUCUGUCUAUACUGUAUAUCGUGUCUGUGUCGGUAUACCGCGAGCAGGUCUGGACUAUCGUGAAAGCUCUGCUGGGUUACCUGCCAAAACCUGCUGGGUGUAGUCUUAUCAGAAAAGCGCACAUGGGACGGGCAGUUAUCAAGAGCGUCAUGUAUUCCGCACACUUCAGUGCUGUCACUGUCUCUUUAGUGUGUAGUCUUUCUCCCGACUUGUGAUCUUUUUAAUACUUGUCUUUACCACGCAUUUCAAUUUUAUCUGGGCUGAUAUUUUUGGCAUCCAAUGAAAUCCAUGCUGUUUGAAGUUAAAGAUUGAUAAGUAAUUCCAUGGAGGCACACGAAGGCACAUCCACCUGUUCUGCUCUCCAUGCCCUCCCCGUUUUCCCUUUUAUCAUUCAAGAAAACAUGACUUGUGAGUUACACCAACCAAGCUCAAUAUGGAUUUGCAUUCAUUACAAGGGUUGGUAAAUCUGUCACUGAAAAAUCAAAACAACACGAGCGUGUUUUUGAAUAUGGGUUAGUGUCUUUAUAAUCAGAAACCUGCUGUGGAUUAGGAAAGUUUGGCUUGAAGGUAUUAAGCAGAAAAAAGGAGUUUGGACUUGUGAGUUGGGGUGGGUAAGUACCACAGGAACCAUUCUUGGACCAAGACACCGCACCAGCUUCGUAUAUGAAGAAUAGUAUGGCACCCAAAACCGCUGUUUCGGAGUCCGUUCCAGUACUGGAUCUGGCUGUAAUGUCGGAGAAGGGUCAGGAUGCAGAGAGAGAGCGGGAAGUGGAAUCGUCCGAUGAUUCGUCCAGUGAGGAUUCUGUAAACCUCAUCCCGAAGCGGUUAUGGGUCAUGCACGGUGCCAUUAUGUUUGGGAGAGAAUUCUGCUACGCCAUGGAAACAGCAUUGGUCACACCUGUGCUCCUGCAGCUAGGUCUCCCAGAGCAGUACUACAGCCUUACGUGGUUUCUUAGCCCGAUUUUGGGUUUAAUUUUCACACCUCUGAUCGGUUCAGCAAGCGAUCGUUGCACUUUAAAAUGGGGAAGAAGGAAGCCCUUCAUUUCAGCUCUCUGUGUCGGACUGUUAAUUGGACUGGCCUUAUUUCUCAAUGGAUCUCUCAUAGGUUUGUCGAUGGGUGACGUCAAAAGUAAUCAACCGAUUGGGAUAGUUUUCACUAUGGUUGGUGUGGUGAUUCUGGACUUCUGUGCUGAUGCUUUGGACGGACCAGUUAGAGCCUACCUCCUGGACGUGGCUGAUACUGAGGAACAGGAUAUGGCUCUAAACAUCCACACUUUCUCAGCAGGUCUCGGAGGUGCCAUAGGUUACAUGUUUGGAGGGCUGGACUGGACCGAUACUUUUCUAGGUCGAGCCUUCAAGGCCCAAGAGCAGGUCCUCUUUUUCUUUGCAGCCAUCAUCUUUAUCAUUUCGACGACGCUUCAUAUGUUCAGCAUCAAAGAAGACCCACAUAAUUCCAACCAGCAAGGGGAACUGAAGGAUGACGAUGAAGAAGGGCCGCCUCUUAUUAAGCCCUGCGGCAGCUUUCCAUCCGCUCGCCUCUUGAUUCCGCUUGAACUCAUCCCCGAAGAGGAGCCAUAUUCAAUCGAUGAAGACAAUCGGUCUGAGCGUGAAGUUCCAGCAGACUUUUUAAACAUCGAUUUAGUGCGGAGUAAAAGUGACUCUGUUCUGGCCAUGCCAGAUGCUACUAUAGAUCUUGAUCCAGAUCUAGACUUUGAUCAUGAUGGCCAAUGUCUGUGUGACAUCCGACCAGAGUUAUGUCAGCAACAGCAUGGAGAGCCAUUGAAUUUUCAACAUGACGCUAGCCAACUAGGUCAGUGCCCUGACCGUAAGCCUGAUAGCAAUGGCAAAAGUGUCACCAAGAAUAUAAACGGAUGCUUCGCUUAUCCCCGAAUGCCAGACGCAGAUUCAUCGCACACGACAGAUCAUUCGAAAGUCGGUUUGCGUCCAUCCAACGGUAAUGGUGUGGUGCGUAAGCGCCACCCUUCCUUCUACCACCAGCACUCCUUCACUUUCUCCUACCAUAGACGUGGGGCCUUCGUACGGGGUCAGUGGCGGCGUCGGCAUGCCAACGUGGGCGGGCCAAUCACAUCAUCGCAAAGCCUGAAUGACAUCGAUAAACUAGCUAAGCAGCACAGGCGGCGGAAACCGCAACUGAACGGCAUUGCCACAUCUCGCAGGCUACAGGAAGAUGAAGAAAGCGAGGAUGGAGAUACUGUUACGACAGUCAAACUUUUGUGGUUGUCCAUGCUGAAGAUGCCUCCCCAGCUGUGGCGCCUGUGCGUCUGUCAUCUCCUCACCUGGUUCUCUAUGAUUGCACAGGCUGUGUUCUACACCGACUUCAUGGGCCAGGUUAUCUAUGAAGGAGACCCAACUGCUGCUGCUAACUCCACCGCCCUUCAUAACUACAAUAAAGGCGUACAGAUGGGCUGCUGGGGGCUUGUGAUCUAUGCGGCUACUGCUGCGCUCUGCUCAGAUGUGCUCCAGAGGAUACUCAACAGAUAUGACCUGAGCACAAAAAUCGUCUACAUGUUGGGGACUCUAAGCUUCGCUAUUGGCACAGCCAUUAUGGCCAUCUUUCCAAAUGUUUAUGUUGCCAUGGUGAUGAUAAGCACCAUGGGAAUGAUCUGCUUGAGCAUGUCUUACUGCCCUUAUUCUCUGCUGGGACAGUACCAUGAAAUCAAAGAGUAUAUUCAUCACAGUCCGGGUAACUCACGGCGAGGUUUUGGCAUCGACUGCGCCAUCCUGUCGUGCCAAGGGUACAUUUCUCAGAUCGCUGUGGCAUCUGCUCUCAGUGCGGUCGUAGAUGCCGUUGGUACGGUGAGGGUUGUUCCCAUGGUGGCGUCUGGAGGCUCGUUUCUCGCUUGCCUGGCUGCGGCUUUCCUUGUCAUCUACCCGGACACUUCUGAUGAUGAUGAGGAAGAUGAGGCUGAUACGCUGAAUGUUAUGCUGUAGAUGGUACAGAGACGAACCUAUCCGUGUAAAAUGUGUAAAUCAUUAUUUGUGGUCAACGUUUAACGUUAGACCACGUGCUUCAACUUUGAAAACUUUUACACAAAGAGAACUAGUUCUACAUCACUUCAGUGAUAAUCAUGCUGUUUUUCUUAACAUUUUAUAUUCACACGCCAUGUGAAAAUAUGUGCUGUGGCAACCCAUUUCAUGUAUUUUGUUAGUGUUGCAAUAUGCUGGAUUGUUUUUAUUGUAUUUCCCUCAUUACUUGUUUGAACAAACACUCAGGGGAAAGCUGAAAAAGAGCUGCUAUAAAGAGCGAGGCACGCUCCAGAUUAUGCACAAUGCCAAAAUGUUUAUUUUAUGCUUAUACAUUUAACGGUGGAAUUGAGGAAUUAGAUUAAAAACGUUUAAAAAAAAUAAGUAUGCGGUACAAAGAGUAUGAAGAGUUUGACUUCGGGUGGAGAAGUGUCUGACCCCCUCAGUUUCGCCGUUCGGCAGUGUUUGGGGUGAAAAAUAAAGUGCGUUCAUCUGUCUUGACAAAUCUAAAUAACACUUGAACAGUGACAGUAUUUUACAACAGACAAAUUUACAACUCUUCUUGAUGUAGUUUAUAUAGUUGGUUUUGGCACAAUUUCAGAGUGCUUCUCGUUCAAGAAGACAGGUCAAGUGUUUUUGCUGCAAACAGAGUUCCACUGAUGGACAACUUAUGGGCUUGUGGUCUCAUAAAUGUAACAUUGGAAAAUGUUUAAAUGCGUUGCUGCAAACAUUUUAAAUUCAUUGCUGGAAAUUGACAACUGUGAUUUUUGUACAGAGGGCAGCAGGCUUUGUAUCCUGUGUGUGCAUACAGACGUGUUUUCUUUGUAUGCUUGAUAAGCAAAGGUCCACACUUUUUGCAUAUAAGGUACUGGUUUGACCUUUUCAAGUGUUUGAACCAAAUAGAAAGUUUAUAUAUGUAACAAAUGUUCAUUUUUGAAUAUAUGUUCAAUUGGAAUAAAGAUGUUUUGCACCGAA